ACAGCGUUCUUUAGUUCUUCACUUCAGUUUAGUGCGAGAUAAAAAUGACGAGUUUCCUCAUAGUUAUCGGUUAGAAAUAAAAAAUAUAUCCAGUGUUUUAUCACCAUGACCGUUUGGGAGAAAGUUGAAAAUGAAGAUUGCUAUGGCGUCGCGAUAUACAACUUCCCCGGGAGCGGUACACACCACCUGUCCCUGGACGUGGGAGAGCUGGUGCACAUUGAGCGCGAAACAGAGGCCUGGUACUACGGCAGCAGUCUCAGGAAGGAGGCGAAGGGCAUAUUCCCGAAGAGCUACGUAGUUAUACGAGAGAGCAAUGUCGAAAGAUGCGGCGAGACAGUGGUGGCGUCCGCUGGCGGUGUCGGCGUGGCUCACGACAUAGCGGUCACGCUUCGCGAGUGGCUGCCCGACUGGAAGAACCUAUUUAUUAGUAACGAUGAACGAUUCAAGUUUAUGGAAGUGAGCAUGCGUGCGCUAUUCGAGUUGCGCGCGCAAUCCGUCAGCGGAGCACUACCACAGGACCAGCUACGGAGGGUCGCCAGGACGGCGAUGUUCACCAUAGACAAGGGGAAUAGGGUACUAGGUAGAGAGUUGGCGAUCAGGACAGCCAGCGGUCAGCUGGUGGACCCCAUACAGACUUCCACAUAUAAACUAAAUUCACUGCACGAUGACGCGAAUGCUCGAAUCGAGAAAAAUAUGGAAACGACGCCCGCUACCCCACCGCCGCCAACACUACCGGCGAAUGCUCGCACGUACACGAUAGUGAUACGGGUGAACAACUUCAUCUGCAGGAUGUUGGACAAAGCGGAGCUACUGCUCUCGCUGCACGACGCGGCCGGCAACAAGAUCACUGAGAACCUGCUCAUACACUGGCCACAGCCCACCUUCAAUCCCAUACAAGCUGUGUUUACGGAUCUGCCGAGUGAGAUCAAGAAGGAAAAAGUGUUUUUAGUAUGCCACGUUGUGAGGAUAGGUUCGAUGGAUCCUCAAGUUUCAGAUUACAGACGCAGCUCCGUGGCGGUGGCGGCGGCGGGCGGCGGCGGCGCGGCGCUGCGGCGGCCGGGCGGCGUGGCGGCGGCCGACGUGACGCGGCUGCUGGCCGCCGACCACCCGCCCAAAGAGAUACAGCUGCCCUUUUACGCUUGUGAAAAAGAGAACAUGGACUCGUUGUUACGGAAGGUGAUGACCAAUCGAGACCUCAAAGACACCAAGCACUCGCAAGGGCUGUGGGUGAUGUUGCAACUGGUUGAAGGGGACCUCAAACAGAUCCGAGAAGAAAACCCACAUUUAGUUGUUGGUAAUACUGCCAUCGCCCGCAAGAUGGGUUUCCCCGAAGUGAUAAUGCCUGGAGACGCACGUAACGACCUCUAUGUGACCCUCGUCUGCGGAUCGUUCUCCAAGGGGAGCAAAUCAUCAGAGAAAAAUAUAGAAGUAACCGUCAGGGUUGUCGACAAAGACGGAAAGCCAUUCUCGGGUGUAAUAUCGAUAGGCGAGGGCUGCCCACGGGUAGACGAAUACACUUCUUUGGUAUACUACCACGAUGAUCGGCCGCGCUGGCAGGAAGUUUUCAAGGUGUGUCUUAACAUCGAGGAGUUCAAAGAGGCACAUUUAGUGUUUCUGUACCGACAUCGCAGCUCCAACGAGGCGAAGGACCGCGCGGAGCGGCACUUCGCGAUCUCGUACCUCCGGCUCAUGCAGCGCGAGGGGACAACUACGCCUGAUGAUACGCAUACACUCUGCGUCUAUAAGAUUGACAACAAGCGCGGUGGGGGUGACGUGGAGGCGGAGGCGGCGGCCACGUGCCUGGCGCUGCCCGCGCGCCGCGCCGAGCUCCCCGCCGGCGCCGAACGCGGCCUCACGCGCGGCCUGCUCGCGCUCGCGCCGCGCGACGCGCUCUCCGCCGCCACCAAGCUCUGCUCCACCAAGCUCACGCAGCGCCAGGAGAUCCUGGGCGUGUUGAAGUGGAGCACGCACCACGAGGAGGGCUCGCUGCGCGGCGCGCUCACCAACCUGCUGCUGGUGCCCAGCGAGGAGAUCGUCAAGUUCCUGCAGGACAUACUCGACGCGCUCUUCGCCAUACUGACCUCGGUGGAAGAGGACCGUAAAAGCUAUUCAGAGAACAGCUACGGCGUCCUAGUGCUGGACUGCUUGCUGCGCGUGAUAUCGCUAGUCGCCGACCACAAGUACCAGCACUUCCAGCCUGUACUGCACGUGUACAUAGAGCAGAGCUUCUGUGACGCGGCUGUUUACGAGAACCUGAUCUCGGUGAUGACGUGGGCGGUGCGCACGGCGGAGGGCGGCGAGGCGGCGCUGAAGCGGCUGCUGACGUGCAUGAAGUGCGUGGAGAGCCUGGUGCGCGUGGUGGCCCGCAGCCGCCAGCUGCGCCGCGCGCUCGCCUACCACGCGCCGCACGCCUUCCACGCGCACUUCCAGGAUCUGCUGGAGGCGCUGGUGUGGCUGAUGCGGUGCGGCGACCACGCGCUCACCUGCCAGGGCUCGGCGCUCAAGUAUUUACCGCAUGCUGUACCUCACGCGCUCGCGGUUUAUCCUGCUGUCGACCUUAGUGCAUUCUUCGUUAAAGCACUAAGCGCUCUGUCAAUGAACAAGCUGAGCAAGCAACGGAUGCUGGCGCUCUUAGAAUUAGUCCGCGGACCGUUAUGCCUCUCGGCUCCCGCCAGAGGGCGCCUCCUGCCGCAUUUGGCCGAAACCGUUCGUGUACUGUUGAGAGACAAAGCCGAGUGGGACCGCGAGGCAGCGCACAAGUCGCGCUCGGUCGACAAGGCGGCGCGGCUACUCGGUGCCGAGACGUCGCGGCUACAAGAUCACACGCAUCAUGAGCAAAUCCUGGAAUUGUGCGUGGAAGCGCUCGGCGAAGUGAUGUCGCUACUGGCCAGAGACGACGUGGGCCCAGUCGACGCAGACCGGGGUGAAAUGAUCAGGUGUCUGAUGCCCACCGUGUUGCAUACAGCCGCCUCCAUGUUAAAGGACAGGAGUAAUGCUCAGGAGUUCGUUGACGAUCCUUUACUGAGACGACUAGUUUGCGUCCUCCUUGAUAUGGUCCGCCAAAUGUCCGUAGAGCAAUACUGUGUGGUCGUUAAAGCGUUGGAAGCGGAAAAAAUGGACAGCUCAAGAUCGCUGCUAGUCGAUGCAUUAGAACUGUUGGGUGCUAUACUGCAGCGGCCUGUAUUCAGGGCACAUUGGGCUGAUAUGCUGCAUUUACAGCACUACAUCAUUCUACACGCAUUAAGAUUACUAUCAAUAACUCUUCGCGAACGCCUAGAAAUAGUGGACUUAUCAGACGUAGAGUCUGUUGAAACGAUCCACUCGAUGUGGCGGGAAUGGUUCAAUGUGACGUCAUCGCUCGCCACGUCACCCGUACUACAACUCGAGACAUUGCCCACCGCGAGAAAACAACGCGUCGUGGCGUUGUACGGAGAUUUGAGGCGCGAGAUCGCUGAGCAGCUUAGCGACAUGUGGUUUGCAUUAGAGGACCAUCGGCGCGCAUUUAUCCCUUGUCUCGUGGGACCAUUCCUGGAAGUUAGUUUUCUGCGGGACGACGAGGUCCGGCAAAAAACCAUACCCAUAUUCUUCGAUAUGAUGCAGACAGAAUACACUCAUAGCGUGGCUAGAGGAGAUACAGAGGGCCACCUGAAGGAGGUGGAGAGCGAGCUGAUCGACAAGCUGGACGUGCUGGCGGAGGGCGGCGCGGGCGACGCGGGCUGGCGCGCGCGGUUCGUGGCGCUGUGCGGCGCGCUGUGCCGCGCGGCGGGCGGCGCGCUCGGCGCGGCCGCGGCGGCGCUCGUGGCGGCGGCGGCGCGCCAGCUCGACACGCUGCUGCAGGACCGCGCCGCCGCGCGCGCCGCCGCCGCGCCGCACCGCAUGCACCUCACCACGCGCGUGCUGCGCUUCUACGACCACAUCGACCGCCAGCACAUGUACAUACGGUACGUGCACAAGCUAGCCGCCAUGCACCUGGCGGCGUCGCAGUGGACGGAGGCGGCGCUGACGCUGCGACUGCACGCGCGCGAGCUGCUGUGGUCGCACGAGCCGCUGCCGCCGCGCCUGCGCCUGCCGCCCGCCGGGCCCGCGCUGCCGGACGCGCCGCACCACCACACGCACCGCGACCUCAAGGAAUAUCUAUACUUUGAGGUGGCAGAACUCUUCAAGAAGGGACGUCAAUGGGAGUUAGCCGUGGAAAUAUUCAAAGAGCUGGUGAAUGUGUACGAAGAGGAAGCGUUAGGGUACGCGGUGUUGGCAGAUCUACACGGACACUUAGCGAGUCUGUACAGCUCUAUAAUGACAACGCAGCGGUGCCAUCCGUCGUAUUUCCGAGUCAUAUACUACGGGAAAGGUUUCCCGGAACACUUGACUGUGGAACACGGCUUCGUUUACCGUGGCAACGAGUACCAGCAACUAUCCGACUUCACGGAGCGGCUACUGGACGAGUGGCCCAACGCGGAAGUGUUGACGAAAUUGGACGCGCCCGGCGAGGAGAUUGUUAAUUCGAAUAAGCAAUAUCUCCAAAUAAACGCUGUGGAGCCACUAUUAAGUGACAAACUGAAGCGUCUCUCGGACAAACCAGUGUCGGAACAAGUACUGUCGUACUACAAGUACAAUUGUGUGGACAAAUUUGUGUUCUCCAGGCCCUUCCAGCGUCCAGAGGAAUCGCCAGAUGGCACCGUUGAUGACUCCAACCAGAACAAAUUUGCUACGCAAUGGCUCCUGCGGACUGAACUUCAAAUCAGUGACAAAUUGCCCGGCAUCCUGCGCUGGUCUGCGGUGGAGCGCGUGCAGAGCCGCUGGGUGUCGCCGCUGGCGGCGGCCGUGGACGCGCUGCACGCCGCCAACCUCGAGCUGCGCGCGCUCGUGCUGUCCGCGCGCGCGCCCGCCGCCUCGCUGCAGCCGCUCACGCUGCGCCUCAACGGCAUUUUAGACGCAGCUGUUCAGGGCGGUAUUAAGAAUUACGAGAGUGCGUUCUUGACGCCGGCUUACGAGGAACGACACCCGGAGGAUGCGCCCCUACUGGCCAAGUUGAAGGAUCUCAUAAUGGAACAGAUACCGCUGCUCAAGUAUGGGCUGGAAGUUCACGGUGCUCGGGCCCCUCCAGCGCUGCAAGCCCUCCACCAACACCUGGCGUCCUGCUUCCGGCAGAUGCAGCUGCACGUGCACCACCGCUAUGGCGUCAAGAUGGCCGACUUGGAACCGGAGACUCCUGAGGUGCAGUUGAGGAUGCGUACUCCGACCAGGGACAGCAGCGUGUCGGAUCCCAACAGCUCCAAUAACAGGAUAUCAGAUAUAUCGACAGGCACCGAUAAUUCAUCCAGGCUCAAGUUCUUCAGUUUCAAUAGCGCCAUAAAUCCACUUGUAAGGAACAGCAGUGGUGGGUAUUUCGGCACAUUGCAGAAUCCACCCAGGAAGAGGGACAAGCGACGCACCAGAAAGAGUGAAAUAGGCACUCCGGCGAGCGGCAGUCAGUGGUACACGUCGCAUUCCACGCCCAACGGCAACGCCAGUAACACGUCGCUGACCAGCGCCACUAUACCGGACACGCCUACUUCGUCGCCGCUGCGGGAACUGCGGCAGGAGCUGGUGCGCGCGCGGCCGCUGCGGGCCGAGGCGGAACGUGAACGCCGCGCGUCGCAGCGAGCCAGCCUGCUGGCCUCCGCGCCGCCCUCCAACAGGGACUCGCUCGGUACCACGGACUCCAAUCAUGACGACGAGGAGCCACCGCCACUCCCCGAGAAGCUAUCCCACCGCAAUUCAGACUUGGACGGCGAUAACAACAAUAACGGAGAAUCGACCCCGCUACCCGUCAGGAACAACUACGAUAUGGUGAUGCCGCCCACUAGGGGUUCCUUUCUAUAUAAUUCUCUAGCUACGAGAAGGAGCACGACAGCGAUUGGCGAGAAGCCACCAACCCCGCCGCCUAAAAAGAAAAAUGUACAAAAUAACAAUUUGUAAUUUAUAUAAUUGUAUAGAAUUGUAUAGAGCAGACAAUAUUACCCUUUGAUGUAGCCGCUAGGCGCUUAUAUACAAGGGCUUUUUUUUAAUGAAUGACAAUGGUAUGGCAACCUCGCCUGCGCUAACGGUAUAUGCUGGCGGGGCACCAGUGAAGUAUGAUAGAUGAGGAUGAAAAGGCAGGUCAGUUAGCCUAUUGAAUUCACAUAGAAUUGAACACGAUGGUUUCCAGGGUAAAGGAGGGAGGAGUCGACCUGAGUGGGGGGCAUAUUGCUAGCAAUGGGGCUACUAGUAUACUAUAUGCUAUACUGACAAUCCCUUCUCCCCCCUAUAUACAAGGGUUGUUACAUUAUUACAGAGACAGCCCUUGUAUAUAGGGAGAAAGGGAUUGUUAGCAAUGUAGUUUGACAGCCCCAUUGCUAGCAAUAUACCCUAUUAGGUCGACCUCCACGUGGUUCCCCCUGGAAACCAUCGUGAACAAUUCUCGCUGAAUUCGUCACGAUGGGCUAACUGACCUGCUUUAUCCUCACCUAUCAUCCUUCACUUGUGCCCCGCCGGUGUAUACCGAUAGCGCGGGUGGGGUUACCAUUCCGUUAUCACCCACUAAAAAAAAAGCCCUUGUAUAUAAUAGUAUUAACUACGAUAUAGUCAAAAGAGGUGUAUUAAAAAUUAUUAGAAGUGAAUUAAUAUUGAAUGUAUUGCAACAUGCAAUAAAUAUAAUGUUGCAGUAAGAUGCAAGUAGCUAUAUAAGCCUGGUUAUAUGUAGAACGAAUAAGUUUUUUUUAUCAAUACAUUGAAAUUAAUCAAGUGCCAGUCCUGAUCGUGUCUUGAAUAACGAACAAUGGUUCGGAUUCGCACACUGUUUCUACUUUCAAAUAGAUACUAUGUUCUAUUUACGAUUUUUGGAUACAUAUUUAAAAACGAGUAAUACAUCGACUUGAUUGGUUCAUUCGAAUCGAUCAUGAUUCGUUCGUGUUGUGUUGAUACUAGAUUUGAAUUUACUUUCUAUUGUAUAUAAUAUA